AUGAGCGACCUGGACACGGAGGUGCUGCCCUUGCCGCCGCGGUACCGCUUCCGGGACCUGCUGCUGGGAGACCCGUCCUUCCAGAACGACGACAGGGUCCAGGUGGAGUUCUACGUCAAUGAGAACACCUUCAAGGAGCGCCUCAAGCUGUUCUUCAUCAAAAACCAGAGAUCCAGCCUGAGGAUCCGGCUGUUCAACUUCUCGCUGAAGCUGCUCACCUGCCUGCUGUACAUUGUCCGCGUGCUCCUCGACGACCCGGCCCUGGGGAUCGGAUGCUGGGGCUGCCCAAAGCAGAAUUACACCUUCAACAGCUCAUCCUCUGAGAUCAACUGGGCGCCCAUCCUUUGGGUGGAAAGAAAGAUGACUCUGUGGGCGAUUCAGGUCAUCGUGGCCAUAAUAAGCUUCCUGGAGACAAUGCUCCUCAUUUACCUCAGCUACAAAGGGAACAUCUGGGAGCAGAUCUUCCGCGUCUCUUUUAUCCUGGAGAUGAUCAACACGCUGCCCUUCAUCGUGACGAUAUUCUGGGCGCCCCUGAGGAACCUGUUCAUCCCCGUGUUUCUGAACUGCUGGCUGGCCAAGCACGCCCUGGAAAACAUGAUCAACGACUUCCACCGCGCCAUCCUGCGCACGCAGUCGGCCAUGUUCAACCAAGUGCUCAUCCUGUUCUGCACCCUGCUGUGCCUGGUGUUCACAGGGCCCUGCCAGCAGCACCUUCCGUCUGGGGACUGGGCCUUGGGGUCACAGGCAGGGGAAGCAGGGCUGUCCAGCUGGGCCCAGGAGGGGCUGAACAAUCCCCGCACCUCAUCUGACCUCCUGGGGCCCCCCCACCCCGAGCCGGGCCCCCUGGGACGCGGCGCUCUCCCCCCGCAGUUUGAGGAGCUGGUCUACCUGUGGAUGGAGCGUCAGAAGUCGGGCGGGAACUACAGCCGCCACCGGGCGCAGACGGAGAAGCAUGUGGUGCUGUGUGUCAGCUCCCUCAAGGUCGACCUGCUCAUGGACUUCCUCAACGAGUUCUACGCGCACCCUCGGCUGCAGGACUAUUACGUGGUUAUCCUGUGCCCCACCGAGAUGGACAUCCAGGUCCGCAGGGUCCUGCAAAUCCCCCUGUGGUCCCAGCGGGUCAUCUACCUCCAGGGCUCCGCGCUCAAAGACCAGGACCUCAUGCGAGCCAAGAUGGACAAUGGGGAGGCCUGCUUUAUCCUCAGCAGCCGCAACGAAGUGGAUCGCACAGCUGCCGACCACCAGACCAUCCUGCGAGCCUGGGCCGUGAAGGACUUUGCGCCCAACUGCCCCCUCUACGUCCAGAUUCUCAAGCCGGAGAACAAGUUCCACGUCAAGUUCGCAGACCACGUGGUGUGUGAGGAGGAGUGCAAGUACGCCAUGCUGGCCCUCAACUGCAUCUGCCCCGCCACGUCCACGCUCAUCACGCUGCUGGUGCACACGUCCCGCGGCCAGGAGGGCCAGGAGUCCCCGGAGCAGUGGCAGCGCAUGUACGGACGCUGCUCGGGCAACGAGGUGUACCACGUGCGCAUGGGGGACAGCAAGUUCUUCCGCGAGUACGAGGGCAAGAGCUUCACCUACGCCGCCUUCCACGCGCACAAGAAGUAUGGCGUGUGCCUCAUCGGGCUCAAGCGCGAGGACAAGAGCAUCCUGCUGAACCCCGGGCCGCGGCACACGCUGGCGGCGUCCGACACCUGCUUCUACAUCAACAUCACCAAGGAGGAGAACUCCGCCUUCAUCUUCAAGCAGGAGGAGAAGCAGAAGAAGAAGGGCUUCCCGGCGCAGGGGCUGUACGACGGCUCCUCCCGCCUGCCCAUGCACAGUAUCGUGGCCUCCAUGGGGACAGUGGCCAUGGACCUCCAGAACACAGAGUGCCGGCCCGCUCAGAGCGGCGGGGGUGGCGGGGGCGGCAAGCUCUCGCUGCCGACAGAGAACGGCUCGGGCAGCCGGCGGCCCAGCAUCGCGCCGGUCCUGGAGCGCCCGACAGACAGCUCAGCUCUGCUGCCCUGCGACCUGCUGAGUGACCCGUCGGAGGACGAGAUGACGCCGUCAGACGACGAGGGGCUGUCGGUGGUGGAGUACGUGAAGGGCUACCCCCCCAACUCGCCCUACAUCGGCAGCUCCCCCACCUUGUGCCACCUUCUGCCCGUGAAGGCCCCGUUCUGCUGCCUGCGGCUGGACAAGGGCUGCAAACACAAUAGCUACGAGGACGCCAAGGCCUACGGCUUCAAGAACAAGCUGAUCAUCGUGUCGGCCGAGACGGCGGGCAACGGGCUGUACAACUUCAUCGUGCCGCUGCGGGCCUACUACAGGUCCCGCCGGGAGCUCAACCCCAUCGUGCUGCUGCUGGACAACAAGCCUGACCACCACUUCCUGGAGGCCAUCUGCUGCUUCCCCAUGGUCUACUACAUGGAGGGCUCCGUGGACAACCUGGACAGCCUACUGCAGUGCGGUAUCAUCUACGCGGACAACCUGGUGGUGGUGGACAAGGAGAGCACCAUGAGCGCUGAGGAGGACUACAUGGCGGACGCCAAGACCAUCGUCAACGUGCAGACCAUGUUCCGGCUGUUCCCCAGCUUGAGCAUCACCACGGAGCUCACCCACCCUUCCAACAUGCGCUUCAUGCAGUUCCGUGCUAAGGACAGCUACUCUCUGGCUCUUUCCAAGCUGGAAAAGAGGGAGCGGGAGAACGGCUCCAACCUGGCCUUCAUGUUCCGCCUGCCGUUUGCCGCGGGCCGCGUCUUCAGCAUCAGCAUGCUGGACACCCUGCUCUACCAGUCCUUCGUGAAGGACUACAUGAUCUCCAUCACCAGGCUGCUGCUGGGCCUCGACACCACGCCGGGCUCCGGCUACCUCUGCGCCAUGCGGGUCACGGAGGAGGACCUGUGGAUCCGCACGUACGGCCGGCUCUUCCAGAAGCUGUGCUCCUCCAGCGCCGAGAUCCCCAUCGGUAUCUACCGCACCGAGUGCCACGUCUUCUCGACCUCCGAGCCCCACGACCUCAGAGCCCAGUCGCAGAUCUCGGUGAGCGUGGAGGAUUGCCAGGACACGCAGGAAGCCAGGGGGCCUUGGGGCGUGCAGGCGGGCGGCGGCGGCAGCACCCACGGCCGGCGCCCGGUCGGCGGGGACCCAGCCGAGCACCCACUGCUGCGGCGCAAGAGCCUGCCGUGGGCCCGGAAGCUGAGCCGCAGGGGCUCCAAGCCGGCGGGGAAGGCGGCGGCCGCCGAGUGGGCCGGCCAGCAGAGGCUCAGCCUAUACGGCCGCUCCGAGCGCCAGGAGCUCUCCGAGCUGGUCAAGAACCGCAUGAAGCACCUGGGGCUGCCCACCACCGGCUACGACGAGAUGAAUGACCACCAGAACACGCUCUCCUACGUCCUUAUCAACCCCCCGCCCGACACGAGGCUGGAGCCCAACGAUAUCGUGUACCUCAUCCGCUCCGACCCCCUGGCGCACGUGGCCAGCGGCCCGCAGAGCCGGAAGAGCAGCGGCAGCCACAGGCUGGCUUCCUGCAACCCCGAGACCCGCGACGAGACGCAGCUCUGA